CAAAAGCGAAUUUUUGUUGAAGCACAAAGCGAAUGAGCUUUUGUCACAAGGUGUCUACGCCAUCGAUUUAUUUCAUGUUGUAAUUCGAGUACUUUUGUUUAUUGGCAACAAUAAUGGUCAGCACAACAUUGACAACAUUGGCUGCUGGACAAACAACUAGUAGCAAUAUUCAUCAUCAUCAUCAUCAGCAACAGCAGCAGCAGCAGCAGCAACAGCAGCAGCAUCAACAGCAUUUGCCACAUCAGCAAGCUGCUGCUCAGCAACGCAAUUAUUACGCGCUCAACGGUUUAGAACACGACUGUGACAACAGCAACAAUAGCUAUCAGCAACAACAGCAACCGCCUAACUUACCGCUCAACGAUCAAAUCAAUCUGUUAUUUCCAAAGUGCAGACCCAAACAGCAGCAACAGUCGCACCAGCAGCAGCAGCAGCAACAACAGCAGUCCACGCACAGCAGCAGCAGCAACAACAACCGACAACAUGAAGCCAUUGCCGAUGUGAAUCUAAACAGCAGCAACAUAGCAACAAAAGCAGCAACAGCAGCAGUUGCUGAGCCAAUUGUGGGCAGCUCACCGAUUGCCACGCCCAUCAGCUCAACCACGCCCAGCUAUUAUAAAAGUGUUAAUAUUAUAACACAAUCACCGCCACCGCAUUCAGCAUCAUCGCACUCCUCGGAAUCGUUGUCUUCGGUCACGCCACGCAUCUCGACGAAUCCGUUUCUGUGCGCACCGCUGACACCACCAACACCGCCAACACCACCGCACAGUCAUCGUGCACUGGCCGCGGAUAUCGAUAACGACAUUGAAGCCAUUGUGCUGGCCGAGAGCGACGAUCUGCAGCAGCAACAGCUGCAACAGCAACAGCUGCAACAGCAACAGCAGCAACAUCAACAGGAGGAGGCAGUGCCAGCGACAGCUUAUCCGGCAUCCUUCUAUUAUCACACGGAUACGGACAGCAAGCGUGGACAGAGCUAUACGGAUAUGCCACGUAAACGCAACAGCGCCAUAUCAACAAGCCGACAGCAGCAGCAACAGCACAAUGCCUCCACUCAGAAUCCCAGUCAGAAUCCAUUCAUCAAGGAGAACUAUUGGGAAUCGGCAACGCCACGUGCCAGCACAUUGCUUCAUUCGCCUACAGAAUAUGCCGAAGAGCAACAGCAACAGCAACAGCAACAGCAGCAAUUGCAACAGCUGCAGCUGCAGGAGCAGCAACAUAUGCAUGCCUCGGCGAGACGAGCGUAUCAUCAGCAACGCGAGCAACUUGCACCACAGCUGUACAGCAUAGCGCAACGUCAGGCGACGCAUCAUCAGCCAGCGCAUGUCCUGCGUCUGGGUCGUAGUCCUGUCAAUCGCAGUUUUCCCCAACAGCAACAACACCAGCAACAGCAGUGGCAGCAGCGGCAGCAGCAACAACAGCAACAGGCUGCACAACAGCAACAUCACCAGCAGCCCAAUGGCAAUCCCUGUGCUGAGGGACUUACUCCACUUGCCAGUCAUUAUCUAUAUGGCAGCAAGACAUCAUUGGAUCAACAUGCAGCCGAUUGGGAGCCACGUGAGCAGCGCAAGCAGCGACUGCGUGAGGAGCGUGAAAGAGAGAGGGAGCGAGAACGCGAACGUGAACGGGAGCGGGAGAGAGAGCGAGAGCGUGAGCGUGAGCGAGAAAGGGAACGCGAGCAAUUACUGUUGGAGCAGCAGCAACUUCAGUUGCAGGAUGUUGUGCAUGCCACACGCGAUAACCACCUAAGCCACCUGCAGCAGCAGAAACAACAACAACAACAACAACAGCAGCAGCAGCAGCAGCAACAACAACAUCAACAACAACAACAGCAGCGCAAGCGACAUGGCGAGGAUCGAGAUCAUCGACUGGUCAAUGGCAACGCCAAUGAGGCAACAAUGGGAGGAUAUGGAGUCACGGAUGCAAGCGAAAGUUGGCAGCAUCUGCGUGUUACAACCGAGCCGGAGGAGAGCAAGUGCAACAGCAGCGGCAACAAGCAACAAAUUAUGGACAAGUCGCAGCUGCAGCGGAGUGCCCAUGUCAUGCUGGAGCCGCACACGCGUCGCCUGCUGGAAGAUGGAGGCGUCUAUCGGGAGCAUAAACUGGACGCCUGGCAGCUGGAACGCAACUACACGCUGGCCGUGGAGUCGCGACAUGGCAUCAUAGAGUACGAGGGCUCUCCACGACGCAUUGGUGUCGCUGCCAACAGCAACAGCAGCAGUCCUGGCAUUGGUCUUACACCGGACGAAAUCGAACCACCAACAGUUGGCACAGCAGCAGCAGCAACAGCAGCAACACCAGCUGCAGCAGCAACAGCAGCAGUAGCGCCACCUAUGAGCUGCAACUCAACUGCAGCCAGCACGCUGCAGAAGACUGCGGCACGUGCUGCACUUGCCGCAUUGGCACAGUGCCAGCCACCGCAACAGCCGCAGGCGUAUCCGGUACGACCUGGCUUUCCACAGCGCAUAAUAUCGCCGCCACGUGAGCUACGCAGCAGCUCACCGCCGCAACCACCGCAAGCGAUGCAACAACCGCUGACACAGCAACAACAGCAGCCCUACAACAACAUCAGCAAUCAUAGCAAUAACAACAACAACAUUAAGCAACUGAGCAGCGAUAACAAUGCUGAGGAUACGAGCAAUGAUGUAUCUGAAAUUGGCACCAUAUCCGACCUGACCACGCCCGAGGCGGCCAUUACGGCCACGCCCAAUGAGUUGACAAGCUGUGCGGCAGCUACGCCUCCGCCGAUAGUAGCAACAGCAGCAGCAACAACAACAGUGGCUACAGUUGCAACAGCAGCAGCGGCAGCAGCAACAACAGCAACAACUGCAUUUGUGGGCAGCUCGACAACAGCGGGUGUGGGUGUCAACCCUAUUCCAUUGAGCCUGCAUACAAAAUCCUCGACCUUUGAUUACCUCUACGAGUUCUCUGAGACGCGCAAAGUGCUGGAGGAGUUCUUCAAGUGCCCCUCGAACGACGAGCAACCCAUUAUGGAGAAUGGCAGCGACGUUGACAGCAUUGAUAUACAGUACGAGUUCCAUAGCAACUUUGAGCGCGACGAGGAGGAACUGGACGAGGAGGAAGAGGAGGAAGAUGAUGAGAACGAUGAUGUCGAUGAUGAAGAUGAGCACGUGGAGCAAGAUUAUCGCCAGCAACAACAGCAACUACAACAACAACAACAACAGCAGCAGCAGCAGCAACAACAACUGCAACAGGCACCCGCAUCGGAGAGGCACGUUUAUGGGUCCUACAACCAACCGCAGCUGCAGCUGCAGUCACAGUUGCAGUUGCAAGCACAGCUGCAAUCGAGGCCAGCACAGUUGCCACGACAUUACAGUGGCAGUCCAUUGAUGCGGGACUUUGACUUCUUCCUGGACUCGGCCAGUCGGAGCAGCGGUGAGCGUGAGGGAGACCAGGAUGGUCUCAAUCACAAUCAACUGCUGAGCACUGGCAGUGGCAGCGCAUUGGGACAGAGUGUUGGCCAAAACGUGGGCGGAGCAAUCACUGGAGGUCACAACUAUCGCUACUCACCGGAGACCACCGACUACGAUUCCAACUGUGGCGAUCUGGAUAGUCUCUCCGGGGAGAUGAAUGGCGGUGUGUCCACCUCGUGUUCGAACUACGCCAAGUACUAUGCCUCGGCAAUGCCCGUGCUGGAGGAUGGCCUCUCAUCGGGACACACCAGCGACACCGAGAACAAUAACAACAACAAGAACCUGCAACAGCUCGCACAGGUAGCUCAGAAUCAGAACCAGAAUCAGGGUCAUCUUCUGGGUCAGGGUCAGGGACAGGGACAGAGCAGUCUCAGCGCCAGCACCAGCAUUGGUGGCAGCGGUGGCAUCUCCAUGCUGAUGGACAUGAAACGCAUCUCGACCAACAACAGCUUGAACAGCAUGCACAAUCUGACCGCAUCCACCACGGACAGCAAUGGGAUUGGACAUCAGCUCAGUCACACAAGUCCCAACAAUGGUUUAAUCAAGCAACAACAACCGCAGCUUCCACAGCAAAGGGAACUGCUCGGACAGAGUCCCAGCAGCAACAGCAACAGCAACAACAAAGUGUUCAAGAACAUUGAUCCCGAGUUGGAUUCGCUCUAUUCUAUCAGCGUUUUCCAUCGUCCGGACAUGGUGCAGAUGACGCCACCGCCGCCGGCACCUGCGCCCCACCGCAAGCCCAACUGCAGUGCCGUGGACGUGGAUCUGUUGCAAACGGGGCAAGGGGGCAAGCACACGCCGCUGACUUCGACGCUGCAGCGUAGCUCGCCCACCGCCUGCAUGGGCGUGGCAAAGCCUCGCAGUGCGGGCAGCAAUUGCAGCAGCAAUGGCCUCGGAACACCACCGCCGCCGAUACCAGAGCGCAACAACAUGCAACAGUCGACGCAGCGUUCGCACUCGCCUUCGCCUUCGCCUGUGAUGAACUCACCCGUGUGGCUGUCACGGCAUUUGGACGGUGGUGCCGGCAAGGCGCUGCUCGAAUCCAGCUCGGACAACCACUCGAAGAACCACAGCGCCGACGAGGAGGAUGUCGACACAGAUCUUGAAACGGAUCGCCUGCUGGGCCAUCAGAGACUCGAUGAUCAGGGCUACUACGAUGAGAACAAGAGUUGGGAUCGCAAGCCGCGCAGCUCGCUGCUCUCCAAAAUCUCGCCCAAGCAGCAACAGUUGGCCAGCACCAAGACACGCAAUGGCUACAAUGCACUGCUCAGCUCCACACCCGAACUGCCGCCACCGAUACCGCCCAAGAGUGCGGCGAGUCUCAGCGGCUCCAACGGUGGCAAGUUGCUCGAUUUGGUCAAUGUGCAACGUAGUCAUUCGCGCAGCUCAUCGGAGCACAGCGAUAAGUCGCCCACCAAGACGGCCCACAGCACGGGACAUGAUAUUUGUGGCAUGACAGCUGCCACCGCUGCGGAUGUGGUUGCCUCCGCUGUGGUGGCUGCCACAUUGCCCGCCCUCGGCAGUCCCAACAAUGGCGGCGGUUCGGAGCGUUCAGCACCAAGUGUCAUCAAACUUGAUGUGGACAAUGGCAGCAUUAAUGGUGCAAGCGGUGUUGGUGGUGCAGGUGGUGUUGGUGGUGCUGGUGGUGUUGCGACUGCCAAUGCGAAUCCUGUCGCCAACAAUGGCAGCGGCGCUGGCAGCAACAGCAACAGCGGCGAGAAAAAAGUCAAAAAGAGUAAGAGCAAAGAAGGCGGAGCAGUGCUAAUCGAGGGUGUUCUAUUUCGGGCCAAAUACUUGGGCUCCACGCAGCUGGUCUGCGAGGGUCAACCCACAAAGUCGACACGCAUGAUGCAGGCCGAGGAAGCCGUAUCGCGGAUCAAGGCGCUGGCACCCGAUGGCGAUGUACAGCCAAGUACAGAGGUGGAUCUGUUCAUAUCGACAGAGAAGAUAAUGGUGCUGAAUACGGAUUUGAAAGAGAUAAUGAUGGAUCAUGCACUGCGCACUAUUUCCUAUAUAGCCGAUAUCGGGGAUCUUGUCGUGCUGAUGGCGCGUCGUCGAUUCGUGCCACAGGAUAUCGAUGAUGCCCCAAAACCGAAUCGCACCCCAAAGAUGAUAUGCCAUGUGUUUGAGAGCGAUGAGGCACAGUUUAUAGCUCAAUCGAUUGGUCAGGCCUUUCAGGUGGCCUACAUGGAGUUCCUUAAGGCGAAUGGCAUUGAGGAUCAUCGUUUUGUCAAGGAGAUGGACUAUCAGGAGGUUCUCAACAGCCAGGAGAUCUUUGGCGACGAGCUCGAGAUCUUUGCCAAAAAGGAACUGCAAAAGGAGGUCGUUGUGCCCAAGGCCAAGGGGGAAAUACUCGGUGUGGUUAUCGUUGAAAGCGGCUGGGGUUCAAUGUUGCCCACAGUUGUUAUUGCCAAUCUGAUGAGCUCCGGUGCGGCAGCCCGUUGUGGUCAAUUGAAUAUCGGUGAUCAACUGAUCGCUAUCAAUGGACUGAGUCUGGUCGGAUUGCCACUCUCCACCUGCCAGACGUACAUCAAGAAUACGAAGAACCAAACCGUUGUCAAGUUCACAGUUGUGCCCUGUGCCCCCGUCGUCGAGGUCAAGAUCAAGCGACCCGAGACCAAAUAUCAGCUCGGAUUCAGCGUCCAAAAUGGCGUGAUUUGCAGUCUGUUGCGUGGUGGCAUUGCGGAACGCGGUGGUGUUCGGGUGGGUCAUCGCAUCAUUGAGAUCAACAACCAGAGCGUGGUGGCUGUGCCACACGAGAAGAUCGUCAAUUUGCUGGCCACAUCUGUGGGCGAGAUACUGAUGAAAACGAUGCCCACAUCAAUGUUUCGCCUGUUAACUGGCCAGGAGAAUCCCAUAUAUAUAUAAGCGAUAACUAUCGAUAUGUUAAGCGAUUAAUCGAUCGAAAAA